AUAAAUUAUGUAAAAACCAUGUGAUAAACUUUUCAGUAUGUAUUAGAUUUCCGAAUAAAUUAUUUGUACAAAUACACAAAAUCUGCCGUUCUACUAAAUUCUUCCAAGAGCUUUUCAACCACCAUUGACAAAAUUUUAUAAACAUGGCUGCUGAUGCAAACACAGACGGUGAUGAAAAUUGCGAUGAUGCCUCAUCACCAAUAACGAGGGCUUACGAAACGAAACUCGACCAAGAUUUUCUGUACUACCUCGACGAAGCUCACAGGGUAUUUGAGAAGGCAUCACUGAAACAGAAAGAUAAAAGCUUAGUUACGUCUUGGUUUAAUCGACUUAUCGGCGAACCGUCGCAAACUGUUGAUAAGAAAAAGCUUCGCAAUAUUUACCUUGUAGAACUCCUUCUGCAACUGUUAAACGGGACUUUGGAAGAUGUUUUUAAGGAAAACCCUCCAGAAGGUCAGCUCGUGCCAGUGGACGAGGCAUUCAGCUCGUACAAGAGAAAGAGAGGCAUGUCCGCAGACGAAAUGCUAAAUUCAGAAUUGGAUCCAUGUGAUCUGAAGCAUAUUUCCGAAGACAACAGAGUUUACUGCGCAUGCAAAGCGAUGCCCGACGAUGGAGGAGCGUGUGGUUUUUUGGCAGUGUCAUACGGCGGCGGAGACGCUGUUUGGCUAAGUGCUACAGGAGAGCAGAUCGAACUUGAAGAACGAAAUGAUUUGACGGUAAAAUACACAGUGUCCGGGGACGAAGAUUGCAAUAUUUACGUGGAAAAUCCCGAAGCCUCUUUUUUGAGAUUUGAGCAAGAUCCAUCUCGAAGAGACAAACUGAGAUGUUUUUACCAAGAGAUUUUGGACGCAAUCGACAAAGAGUUAAAACUAAUACGAAAACAACCCGGAUGGUUUGCCGGAAUUCAGCAUCCAGCAGUCAAAAACUUGGCAAACAAAAUUUUGAACAGCAUAAAACCUGGCCAAACUGGCAAGACGAUGGAUGUUCACGACCUGAAUCCAAUUUUAUACGCGCUGAAAUUAAAGAUUCAAUGCAAGCUCGAGGAUGAAUCGUUGGCGGGCGAAAACCUUCCGACUGAAUUUAACCAGGACGCCAAAUUGGUAAACAUGGGGAAAAGGAUCUAUCCGGUCGACGAUCAAGAGAUUUGGUGUGAAGCUUUCAAACUGGAUAUAACUGAAUUCAGUUUAAACCAACUAGUACAAAAUUAUCCAAAAUGUCUUGUUGAUGCCUUUGUUACUCUACUAAAUAAGCAGAAAGGUGUUAUAUUGAGUCAAGAACAGCGCUCUUACGAAAUGCUUAUUGUAGAAGUUCAAAAAGAGCUGUAUAAACUGAUCAGACAGGACCAGCAGGCGUACGAGGCUGCGUAUGACGAGUAUAGAAAUCUGGCCAAAAUUCGUGACUCAAUUGGACACAAUGAAAAUAAUCUAUCUCGACAAUUGGAACAGAGCAGGGAAGCAGUUGCAGAAAUGGAAUUUAAACUCAAAUUGUGUGAUGACGACAGAGAACAGAUAAAAGCGCUUAUGAGAGAAAUAAAAAUCGUAGACGAUGCAUUGAGCGUGAUUUUAAAGGAGAAAGAGGAAGUGGAAGAAAUUAUCAAAUCUGUAAAUGAUAAGUUACGGAGUCUGAGUAAUACUGAUCGAAAGGGCAAUAUAAAAAGCAACGUUUCCACAUCUGCAAAUUAUUUGAAUAAAUUGCAAUCGUUGAUAGAACAACAAGAGGUACAAAUAAACUGGCUUCAGCAUAAAAAAUUUUUGAGAGAAAUGCAAACGAAAAACCAUUAAUAUCCAA